UCCGAAUCCUCAGUAGGAAGAUCGGUCAAGGCUGUCGCUGCUGCCAUCAUUGCUGUUUUUGCGCAAGCUACACUCGUCUUCCCUGUUGGAGAAAUUGCAACGAAAGUGAAGGAGGGCUUCAGACGAGUUGCAGGAUUCCCUAAAGUUAUAGGAUGCGUUGAUGGUACCCAAAUUCGCAUUUCAACACCAAAAGCUAAUGAGGCAGACUAUGUGAAUAGGAAAGGUUUCCAUAGUCUUAAUGUUCAGAUGGUAUGUGAUCCAAAUUUUCGAAUCACAUCAUUGUGUGCCCGUUGGCCUGGUUCCUGUCAUGAUGCAAGGAUUUGGAGAACCUCUGGUCUCUAUCAAAAAUUUGAAAACGGUGACUACGAUGGCAUUUUAUUGGGAGACUCUGGGUAUCCCCUAUCCCGGUACCUUAUGACUCCGUAUCUAACCCCUUGGACCCAGUCUGAAGAGAGGUUCAACUCAAGUCUCUGCCGAACACGAGUGCUCAUUGAGCAGACUUUCGGGAUAAUGAAAAGAAAAUUUCAGGCUCUACAUUUUGGCCUCCGCACGUCUCCAGACCAGGCAGUGUCAUACAUUACCGCAUGCUGUAUCCUACAUAACAUAGGCAUUGAGAGGGGGGAUACAAUUAUCAGUGGUGACUGCAGGGAACUUAAUGUAGCAGAUUGCCAACAAGCAGUUAUAAACGCACAUCCAAGAGCUGAUGGGGUGGCAAAGAGAGCCUCCAUUACACAAUCAUUUUUUUGAAAU